CGCCUCUCUAUGGUCCAUUGCCGCGUUCAAGGUGGGUGUCAUGGCUGCCGGCGUUGAGUUGGCAGGAGUUGCCAACGGAACUGGGGAAAGUCACUAAAGCAGAGGAAGAAGUGGCCUAACCCGGACUGUGGGAAGUCGUGAGAAUGAGCGGAGGCCCCGCGGGGGUGCCCAUGUCACUGGAAUUGGGCCCCUGGUAAAGUCCCAGGCCAGGCCUCUGCGUUUCUAGUCAGAGCCCGGCGGUUGGUGGGGGUCUCCGAAGCCGGCGUUGUCUAGGAACCCCUGUCUUAUCAAAUCCUGAGUGUUGUGAUUUGGACCAGUCCCCCGGAGACAGCGGUUCAAGGACAUUUGGCGGGGUCGUGCGACGACGCUGGCCGCCUUUCUCGGAGCGGAGCAGGUUGUUCUCUAACCCGCAGCGAUGUCGUCCUGGCUUGGGGGCCUCGGCUCCGGCUUGGGCCAGUCCCUGGGUCAAGUCGGGGGCAGCCUGGCUUCCCUCACUGGCCAGAUUUCAAACUUUACGAAGGAUAUGCUGAUGGAGGGCACGGAGGAUGUGGAAGCAGAAUUACCUAAUGCUAGGAGAAAGGAAGUUGAAGCCAUUCAUACAAUCUUAAGAUCAGAGAAUGAGAGACUCAAAAAACUUUGUACUGAUCUGGAAGAGAAGCAUGAAGCAUCAGAGCUUCAAAUAAAGCAGCAGUCUAUGAGUUAUCGAAAUCAACUGCAACAGAAAGAGGUAGAAAUCAGCCAUCUUAAAGCAAGACAGAUCGCGCUGCAGGAUCAGUUGCUGAAGCUACAGUCAGCUGCUCAGUCAGUGAUUUCAGGAGCUGGUGGUGUACCAGCAACCGCUGCAUCUCCUUCAUUCAGUUACGGUUUAAGUCAUCAUGCUUCAGCGUUCCACGAUGAUGACAUGGAUUUUGGUGACAUCAUUUCAUCACAACGAGAAAUAAACAGAUUGUCAAAUGAAGUUUCAAGACUUGAGUCUGAAGUUGGCCACUGGAGGCAUAUUGCUCAAACUUCUAAAGCACAAGGAUCAGAUAGCUCUGAUCAAAGUGAAAUCUGCAAACUACAAAAUAUCAUUAAGGAACUUAAACAGAACCGAAGUCAGGAAAUUGACAACCAUCAACAUGAAAUGUCAGUAUUGCAGAAUGCACAUCAACAGAAAUUGACAGAAAUAACUCGUCGGCAUCGAGAAGAAUUAAGUGACUAUGAAGAACGGAUUGAAGAACUGGAAAAUCUGUUACAAGAAGGUGGCUCAGGAAUUGCAGUAACUGAUCACUCUAAAAUCCAUGAGAUGCAAAAAACUAUUCAAGUUCUACAAGCUGAAAAAGUAGAGUCUACAAAAAAAAUUGAAGAACUUGAGAAUAAAAUAAAAGGCAUAAAUAAAAAAUUAUCUUCUGCAGAAAAUGACAGAGGUGUUUUGAAGAAGGAACAAGAACGACUAAGUGUGGAAAACAGACAAUUACUUGAAGAAUGUGAAAGCUUGAAACUGGAAUGUAGUAAAUUGCAGCCUUAUGCUGCGAAGCAAAGUGAUACUGUGACAGAAAAGGAAAUAAUUCUUCCACACAGUUCUUCAGUAGAAGAAGAAGUGUUCAGAUUGCAACAAGCACUGUCUGAUGCUGAAAAUGAAAUAAAGAGACUGAGUAAUUUAAACCAGGAUAACAAUCUUGCUGAAGACAAUCUGAAACUUAAAACGCAUGUCCAAGUUUUAGAAAAAGAGAAUUCAUUACUGAAUCAAGAAAAGGAAGAACUGCAAAUAUCACUUUCAAAAUUGAACAAUGAAUAUGAAGUAAUUAAAAGUACAGCUGCAAGGGACAUGGAUUUGGAUUCAGAAUUAUGUGAUUUAAGACGUAAUUUGGAGGCAAAGGAACAAGAACUCAAUCAGAGCAUUACUGAAAAGGAAAUACUAAUAGCUGAGUUAGAAGAAUUGGAUAAACAGAACCAAGAGGCUACAAAGCACAUGAUUUUGAUCAAAGAUCAGCUAUCAAAACAAGAAAACGAGGGAGAUAAUGUCAUCAGUAAACUGAAAAAAGAUCUAAAUGAUGAAAAAAAGAGAGUUCAUCAACUUGAAAAUGAUAAAAUGAACAUUACUAAAGAGUUAGACGUGCAGAAAGAAAAGUUAAUUCAGAGUGAACUGGUACUAAGUGAUUUACAUUUAACCAAGCAGAAGCUUGAGGAUAAAGUAGCAGAUUUAGUAGAUCAGCUAAAUAAAUUGCACACAAAAAGUUUAAACAUCCAGAAGGAGAACUUUGAACUUCAGGAACAUAUUAAACAAAAGGAGGAGGAGCUCUCUAGAGUCAGGGAUGAGUUAAUAACGCAGUCUCUUAAUCGAGACUCUAACAGUAAUUUUAAGGAUGACUUACUUAACGAAAGGGAAGCCGAAGUGAGAAACUUAAGGCAAAAUCUUUCAGAAAUAGAACAGCUCAAUGAAAAUUUAAAGAAAGUUGCUUUUGAUCUCAAAAUGGAAAAUGAAAAGUUGAAUUUAGCAUGUGAAAAUGUAAGACAUCAGUUGGAAGAGUCUAUUGCUGGUAACAAUCAGAUUUCUCAGGAAAAAAACGCUAUUGUGGAGGCUCUAAAAAUCGAGAAGGAACAGUUAGAAGGAGAAUUGUGUCAGGCUGAAAAGAGGCUGUUGGAAGAAGCAAACAAGUAUGAGCAAACCAUGAAAGAACUGUCCAAUGCACGUAAUUUGAGGAUCUCUGCUUUACAGCUGGACCAUGAGCGUUUAAUUAAACUCAGUCAAGAGAAAGACUUUGAAAUAGCAGAACUCAGAAAGAAUAUCAAGCAGAUGGAUACUGAUCAUAAGGAAACGAAGAAAAUUUUGUCAUCUAGCUUAGAAGAGCAGAAGCAAUUGACCCAACUUGUAAAUGAGAACGAAAUUUUUAUUGAAAAACUUAAAGAAAGAAGUUCAGAGCUUCAGGAGGAAUUAGAUAAAUAUACUCAGGCCUUAAGAAAAAAUGAAAUUUUAAGGCAAACCAUAGAGGAAAAAGACAGAAGUCUUGGAUCCAUGAAAGAAGAAAACAAUCAUCUGAAAGAAGAGUUGGAACGACUCAGGGAACAGCAGAGUCGAGCUGCACCUGUGGCUGAGCCUAAAACCCUUGAUAGUAUUACAGAACUAGAAUCUGAGGUGAAUCAGCUGAAUAUAUUAAAGGAUAAUCUUAAAGAGGAAAUAAAACAUCAUCAAAAGGUAAUUGAAGAUCAAAACCAGAGUAAAAUACAGCUGCUUCAGUCUUUACAGGAGCAGAAGAAGGAAAUGGAUGAGUUUAGAUACCAGCAUGAGCAAAUGAACGCCACACACACCCAGCUCUUUUUAGAGAAAGAUGAGGAAAUUAAGAAUUUGCAAAAAACAAUUGAACAAAUCAAAACCCAGUUGCAGGAAGAAAGACAGGACGUUCAAACAGAGAAUUCUGUUAUUUUUCAAGAAACAAAAGUUCAGGGCCUUAAUAUAGAAAAUGGAAGUGAAAAGCAUGAUUUAUCUAAAGCUGAAACCGAAAGAUUAGUAAAAGGAAUAAAAGAACGAGAAUUGGAGAUUAAGCUUCUAAAUGAAAAGAAUAUAUCUCUAACUAAACAGAUUGAUCAGCUUUCCAGAGAUGAGGUUGGUAAACUAACUCAGAUUAUCCAGCAGAAAGAUUUGGAGAUACAAGCUCUUCAUGCUCGAAUUACUACAGCUUCCUACCCCCAGGAUGUUGUUUACCUUCAACAGCAGCUGCAGGCCUAUGCUAUGGAACGAGAACAGGUACUAGCUGUUUUGAGUGAGAAGACUAGGGAGAAUAGCCAUCUAAAAACAGAAUAUCACAAGAUGAUGGAUAUAGUUGCUGCAAAAGAAACAGCUCUCAAUAAGCUGCAAGAUGAAAAUAAAAAAUUGUCCACGAGGUUUGAAAGUAGUGGCCAAGAUAUGUUUAGAGAAACUAUUCAGAAUUUAUCACGUAUCAUUCGAGAAAAAGACAUUGAAAUAGAUGCAUUAAGUCAGAAAUGUCAGACCUUAUUGACAGUUUUACAAACAUCCAACACUGAAAAUGAGGUUGGAGGUGUUAAUAGUAAUCAGUUCGAGGAGCUUCUACAGGAACGCGAUAAGUUAAAACAACAAGUAAAGAAAAUGGAAGAGUGGAAACAGCAGGUAAUGACUACAGUACAAAAUAUGCAACACGAGUCAGCCCAGCUCCAGGAGGAGCUUCAUCAGCUUCAGGCACAAGUUCUGGUUGACAGUGAUAACAACUCUAAAUUGCAAGUGAACUAUACUGGCCUGAUCCAAAGUUAUGAGCAGAAUGAAACCAAACUCAAAAAUUUUGGGCAGGAAUUAGCACAAGUUCAGCACAGCAUAGGGCAGCUUUGCAAUACCAAGGAUCUUCUUUUAGGAAAACUUGAUAUUAUUUCACCUCAGCUCUCUUCUGGAUCGUCGCUUACUUCCCAGUCAGCAGAGUCUCUUAGAACAAUUAAGUCUGAUGUAUUGAGUGAGUCUUCUGAACAAGAAAUAGAAGAGCUAAGAAAAUCACUGCAGGAAAAAGAUGCAACAAUUAGAACUCUCCAGGAAAAUAAUCACAGAUUGUCUGAUUCGAUUGCUGCUUCCUCAGAGCUAGAAAGAAAAGAACACGAACAAACUGAUUCAGAAAUUAAGCAGCUCAAGGAGAAACAAGAUACCUUACAAAAGUCGCUUAAGGAAAAAGACCUCUUAAUCAAAGCCAAAAGUGAUCAGUUACUUGCUUUGAAUGAAAAUUUCACUAACAAGGUGAAUGAAAAUGAACUUUUGAGGCAGGCAGUAACAAACCUGAAGGAGAGAACAUUAAUCUUAGAAAUGGACAUUUGUAAACUAAAGGGGGAAAAUGAAAAAAUAAUAGAAACAUCCAGGGGAAAGGAAACAGAAUAUCAAGCAUUACAGGAGACUAAUACGAAGUUUUCUAUGAUGCUUCGAGAAAAAGAGUUUGAAUGCCAUUCAUUGACGGAGAAGGCUCUGGCUUUUGAGCAUCUACUGAAAGAAAAAGAGCAGGGCAAGACUGGGGAGUUAAAUCAACUUUUAAAUGCAGUUAAGUCAAUGCAGGAGAAGACAGUUAUCUUUCAGCAGGAGAGAGAUCAAGUCAUGUUGGCCCUGAAACAGAAACAAAUGGAAAACACUGCUGUACAGAAUGAGGUUCAACAUUUACGUGACAAAGAAUUACGCUUAAACCAGGAGCUAGAGAGAUUGCGUAACCAUCUUUUAGAAUCAGAAGAUUCUUACACCCGUGAAGUUUUGGCUGCAGAAGAUAGAGAGGCUAAGCUAAGAAAGAAAGUAACAGUACUGGAGGAAAAGCUAGUUUCAUCCUCUAAUGCAAUGGAAAAUGCAAGCCAUCAGGCCAAUUUACAGGUAGAGUCAUUGCAGGAACAGUUGAAUGUGGCGUCGAAGCAAAGGGAUGAAACUGCACUACAGCUUUCCAUGUCUCAGGAACAAGUAAAGCAGUAUGCUCUGUCACUCUCCAACCUGCAGAUGGUCCUGGAGCAUUUCCAGCACGAAGAAAAAGCUAUGUAUUCUGCUGAACUAGAAAAACACAACCAACUUGUUGCUGAAUGGAAGAAAAAGGCAGAAAAUCUGGAAGGAAAACUUGUAUCAUUACAGGAGCGUUUGGAUGAAGCAAAUGUUGCGCUGGAUUCAGCAUCAAGACUUACAGAACAGUUAGAUUUAAAGGAAGAACAAAUUGAAGAACUUAAAAAACAAAAUGAGCUCCGACAAGAAAUGCUGGAUGAUGUACAAAAGAAAUUGAUGAAUUUAGUAAAUAGCACAGAAGGAAAAGUGGACAAAGUCCUAAUGAGAAACCUCUUCACUGGACACUUCCACACACCAAAAAAUCAGCGUCAUGAAGUGUUACGAUUAAUGGGAAGCAUCCUAGGUAUCAAAAAGGAGGAAAUGGAACAGUUGUUGAAUGAAGAUCAGGGUGGUGUUACCAGGUGGAUGACUGGGUGGCUUGGAGGAGGAUCAAAAAGUGUUCCCAACACACCUUUGAGACCAAAUCAGCAAUCUCUGCUUAAUAGUUCUUUUUCAGAACUUUUUGUUAAAUUUCUAGAAACAGAAUCUCAUCCAUCUAUUCCACCACCCAAGCUUUCUGUUCAUGAUAUGAAACCUCUAGAUUCACCAGGAAGGAGAAAACUAGAUACAAACAUACCCGGAAGUUUUAAAGAUACAACCGAACCCAGGUCUGGUAGAAGAACAGAUGUGAAUCCAUUCCUAGCUCCCCGCUCUGCGGCUGUGCCUCUCAUUAACCCAGCUGGACUUGGACCUGGAGGGCCUGGGCAUCUCCUUUUGAAACCCAUCUCAGACGUACUGCCCACAUUUACGCCUUUGCCAGUGUUACCUGACAACAGCGCCGGAGUUGUGUUGAAAGACCUUUUAAAGCAGUAGGUGAUUCUCAAGCCAGAGAUGACAUAUAUAGCACUUUAAAAAAACCCCGUGAACACUAUGUGUAUGUAGUUUAUCACAAAGUGGCCUUUUGGAAAAAGUCAUGUAUUUGUUCACAGUUAUACUUUAUCUAAAUUUAAUAGCAGUAUUCUUAAUGCUUCUAGAAAUUGCAGGUGUUAAAGGAGGAGCUGUUUGCUAUAUUAUCUGCUUUUUUUCCCUGUCUGAUUUGACCUAACUUAAGCUAGAAACAUUCACUCUUUUAAUUUUAAUUUACAAAAAUAAGAAAAAUUAAAAGACGAAAACACUAGUAGCUAUAUAUCAGCUCUUUAUUUCCUUUUCAAGCUCAUUUAAGCUAGAGACAUGUAGUUUAUCUUUUAAAGAUAAUCAACAGAUUUACCAAAAAGAGGGAAGAAGGAAAUAGUGGUGGCUUAUCUGCGUAGUGCAAAAAAUUGAUCUAAAGUAUAUAUUAAUCAUCUUUAAGAGGACGUGGAGUAGACAGGUUAAGAACAAGGCUGUCCCUGGGAGGUCACAGGUGUCCUAAGGUGGAAGGUGUGUGUAUUUGGUACUAUGCAAUUUCAUCUCGUGUGUAGAUUCAUGUGAUGACAGUGCAGAGACAGAGGACAGUUUCGUCAAGGACCCCUUGUGCUCCCCUUUCACAAUCAUAGCCACCUCCUUCCCUACCGUCUCCUUAACCUCUGGAAACCCCUCCCUACACUCCUUCUCUAUAAUUUUGUCAUUUCAAGAGUGCCAUUCGGUGGAAUCCUACAGUAUGUAACCUUUUGAGACUGGCUUUUUUCACUCAGCAUAAUUCCCUUGAGAUCCUUCUAAGUCGCUGAAUAUACUGGAAACUUGUUCCUCUUUACUGUUGAGUACAUACUGUGAACAUAUGGUUUAGUUUUAAGAGCUAAGGUGUCUCUUUAAAGAUAGCAUCUUAAAACUGUUUCUACACACCUACUCACAACUUUCAUCUAAGUGUUAAAUUCUACAGCUGCAUUUACAUAACUAUAAUUAGCAAUAUCACUAGACGUGACACCUCCUGCCUCUAUCUGAGGUAUUGACAUGAGAGGUACGGCCACCUUGGAGUCAUCCAUUCUCAUCCUCACGGUCACUGAGGGUAGUGAAAUCACUUCAACGACACCAGCACCAGGUGUUUGGAACUUAGCGGGAAGGGAGUAUUCCUUUAAUUUUUUUAUAAACCCCUCAUAAAAUUCCUGACUUGGAAUUUAAUUACGUCGGGACACUCAUGUUUGUAUUAGUUGUUGAAGUUGUACAUUUAAAGACAUUUCUUUGCAAAUUUUGUAAAUUUCGAUAUGCCUUUAAAAUAGAAACAUCUGUAUAAUAAGGAAAGGUGAAAACGAUACUAAUCCAAAUAUGUAAAUAGCCCUGGCUCUGACCAGGGCUAAAUUUAGUUGUUUGUAAAUUUUGCUGUGAUUAACUGUAUACUUCGUACUGUAUUUAGAGGAUUGGAAGUCUUCAUGUGUUGAUGGAUAAAACUUGUUUUUCUGAAAAAUCUAGUAACUUAGACAUUGCUGCUUCAGAAUAUCCCCUGUCUCCUUUGCUAAUUUAUUUAUAUUGCCAUUCUUUAUUUAGCAUACUUUAAAGGAAGUUGUCAUACAAGUGCUUUAUUAGAACUAUCCAACUGCCUCCUGUCCGGUUUGCCCAUUAUUGUUUCUCUACGAAAUUAUUACUCUUAGGUUUUAUAAGGUCCUUUCAAAGGUACUUUCACUGACCAUCCUAAAUUAUUUGCUGCUUGCCAUUGAAUUUUUCUUUCAGUGUGGAGCAUCCGAAAUAAAAGUUUCUAAGUUAAAAAAAGAAAAAAAAAGACAACAUGAUCCUUCAUUUUGAAGAAAUAUAGAAAAAAGUUCCCUCUUUUAAUUUGAAAAGGAGAUGCAUGGUGGGUGUAAGUAGCAUGUCAUCAUAUUUUAAAUGCCUUUUAUGACAUUUUCAGUAUUUCCUCCCCAGCUCCAAACAGCCUAUCCCCCCCAUUACCCCAUAGUUUAACAUAAGUUGGAAAGCUGUUAUGGGUGGAUUGCAUAUUAAACAUCCCAACAUGACCUUACAUGGCUGCUAUUUUAAAAAGUACGUGACCUCGUCCUAAAGCUGUAGUACCUAAUGUUUCAGUUGUAUCUUCAUCGAAACUAUAGCUCACUGGUGUGCGUACUAAGUGUUUGUUGAUCUAAACCAGGCAUAACUCAUCUGCUUUUCUGAAACUAAGUUGAGUCAGAGAUGAAACACCUGCUCAAAGAAUCUUCUUAGGAACCAUACAGUGAAGAAGCUUGUAUUUCUAAUGUUAGCAGUUGGACAUUGCUAACACUAAUUUUACUGCAGUAUUUUAACUACAGUAAUUUUGCUGUUUACUUCUCUAUAAACUUACUAAAAUUUGUGGUUGAAUUUUUCCAUAGCUGCCACAGUUUUUCACAGCAUUCCUAAUGGUUUUCAGCUGCUAUAUUGUAGUAGAAAAUUCAUCCAGUCAUUGGAUUUGAUUUUAGUAUAAUACUGUAUCUCAUGGUUGAGUUUUUAGUUCCUGCCAUUAUUGAGUUGAAAGAAAAAAACAAAACCAAAACUAAGUGACAAAAACAUGGGGGAAAAAGGAAUGACUUUCUUAAAACCAUCCAACUAAAUACUAAAUAUCCCCCCCAAGUAAAGCCUCUAGUUUAUUGUAACCUUUUAAUGGGUAAUUGAAAGGGGGAAAAAGUCAAAAUACUUUUCCAGUCAGUAGGUGGAAAAAAAAACAACUAUGCUUCAGGGACAAGAGAUAAUAAGAAUUAUUGAUAAAGAGCUAUUAUGUGUCAAACUUAAGGCAUUUAAAUUUGAUUUUUAAGGCUAAUGAAGUUUUUCAUGUAUCAAACUAUUUAAAACAUCUUCCUUUAACAAAAAUUUAUCUUUAGUUUUUUAAAUAUCAAGUUAAGUAUAACAUUUAUAUAUUCCUAUGGAAAAAAUAAUGGUACUUUUAAUGAUCUGACAUUUGUGAUUAUUUGCCAGUCUUUACUUUUUAACUUAUUAAGGUUUCUCUACUUAAAACUUAUAAUUUGUCUUUUGACUUUUAGGGAAAUAUCUAGUGGGAUAUUUACAGCCCAGCCUUAAUAUUGGGUUGUGUUUUAUAGAGCUAAAGUCAGUGCAUUUCUGAAUUUCUCAGGAGCACUGCAAGGCAAAAAAACUACUCCAAAUAAAAAUGAUAUAUGUAAGUUGGCAAUGUCUUCAUCCACAAUAAAAAAAAAACUUUUUAGCAAA